GUAUGAAACACCAAAGAGAGUGCUGAAAAUGGAGUUGUUGUCAUCUACCUUCAAUUCUCCUAAUGAUCCAGAUGGACUAAAUGAUAUCUUUUGGGAUCAGAAUUCUCCAAUGACCAAACAGUUAGGUAAAGGAAGGAAAAAAAAGAUUUACAACACAGAUAGUGAUGAGAUCUCACAUAUUGUUAAUUGUAUUGCUCCUCAGGAUGAAAAACCAACAACAGACUCCAUGCUGGGCGUGUGGAUUGGUGAAACUGCUAUUCCUUGUACUCCUCAUGUAGCGAAAGGAAAAUCAAGAGCAAAAAUCAGCUGCACAAAGUUAAAAACACAGAAUCAAGAGGAAGAACUUAUGAAAUUGGCUAAGCAAUUUGAUAAAAAUAUGGAAGAGCUAGAUGUGAUUCAAGAGCAAAACAAGAGAAAUCAUGAUUUUAUCCAGAUGAUUUCAGAAGCAGAGACUUUAAAUAAUUAUAAAGAUAAUGUACAGAUGCAGUUAUUACAUGAGAUAGUUCCUGAAAUAGAUAAUUGUAUAAUAAAGAAGCCAAUGAAAGAAAACACCAAGGUAUCUGUGGUAAAUGAUCAAUAUCACAGUCAGAAGCCAUUUGACCAAAAUGCUGAAGCAGCUUUUAAUGCCAUUUUUGAUGGUUCUACUCAGAAGUGUAGUGGACAGUUAAGCCAAGAUCUGUCAGAUGCCUUAUGGAGCACUGUUAAUACUACCUUUGGAAAGAAAAGUGCUUUGAAAGAGGAGAAAAUCAUUAGUAAUGAAACUCAAGUUACUGAAAAACUACGAAACAAACCCCCAACAUCACUUUCUCAUCAAGUAGAUACUCUUGGAAUGACAAAAUCAUAUGUGACUUCCAGUACUAAGGAGCCAGAAGCUUUUAAUAAGCACACAGAUGUAUUUACUACUGGUGAUUUUGAGGACGAAUGGGAAAACUUACUAAAUAAUGAACCUUUUGUUACGCAAAAUGUAGAAAGAUCUGAACUUUUUUCUGCUCCUGAAACAGUCCAGAUGGUUGAUCAAAAAGACAUUUGUAUAUUUAACAGUAAAAAUGGUAAAAGUAACUCAAGAAUGAAUACAAGUCUAGAUGCUGAGUUUAGAGAUUCAAAAAUUUUGGACGUUUCUUCAAACACACAUACCAAUGAAUUAAUAGAUGCUAGAAAAUACAGAUUUUUACCAAAUUCAAAUGAUAAACCAAACAAAUUACUAUCCAUUGGAAAUAAAGUAAAAUUUGAGAAAUCUUUUAAUAAAAUCAUUCAAGGCAAAACUCAAGAUGGUGCAGUUGCAUCCGAUCCGACAAAAGUAAAAGAAGAUAUUCAAACUAAAUUUAUUUCUAAUGUAAAUACUUCUCAAAAAAAGUCUACUUUGAACACAGGAUAUUCUAAUGAACAGAAAAAUAAGUCAAUUUUUAAUCAGUCAUUUAAGACACCUGCUAAUAUAGUUCCUUUUGACUCUGCUGCUUUGGACAUUGCAAAUCAGACUAAUGCAUCAAAUAUGGAUUCUUUCUCUGAUGAUUGGAAUGACCCAUCAUUUGCCAGUGAAAUUGUUAAAGCAUGUCAUCAAUUAGAGAAUACCUGGGAAGAUGAUGUAGAGGAUGACCUAUUAUACCAAGCAUGUGAUGAUAUUGAAAGACUAACUCAGCAGCAAGACAUGAGAAAGGACAACAAGACAUCAGAAAGUAUACUUGACAUUAAUAAUAGUUCCAAACAUGGAGCCAAAAACACAUUUACUACAUCUAAACAAGGAAGUCAGUUGGUGCAAUCAACGUAUUUGAAUCUGAGUGAUAUUUCAGCACAGUCAUCAUCAACUGGUAGCUCACAAAUAAAUAAAUCAGUGAAGAUGCAGAAAGGGGAAAUUUGUGGAAAUUCUCCAAGUUUUAUAGGUGCGACAACAAAUUUGACUAUAUACUCUAAGAACUCAAGUUGUCUGAUCAAUAAUUUGCCUGUCUCUUGGAGUAAUACUGGUAUUCCAGUAGAAGUGAAUAGUUCCAAAUCUGUUCUUAUAAGAAGUUCAAGUUUGAAUGUGAAUUCAGAUUGUAUGAGUAGAGAAAUAGCUACUUGUAAGAAGAAAUCGAGUAGUCGGCCUCUGUUCCAUGGGACCAUAACAGAUGAAGCUCAGAAUGAUCUUAACAGAACAGUUAAAUUUUCUAAGUACAGGUUUACAAAGAUCAAAAAUUCUCAGAUUCUUUCGCAGAUUAAUCAAAAUUGUAUACCAGAAAGUAUCUCUGAUACCAAAAUUACAAAGAGUUUGGAGAAAAACAAAAUUCCUGUCAACUCAUUAUGUGGGAAGGCUGUUCAACAGCAAUCUUUGAUGAAACCUGAAUCUUCGAAACUACCUUCAAAAGAGGAAGAAGAGAAAAAUAGGAAGUAUUCUCCUGAAGAAAUUCAGAGAAAACGACAAGAAGCACUGGUUCGAAGAAUGGCCAAGGCACAGGCAUCAUCUGUAAAGGCAGCUCCCACUUAAUUUGGCUUUUUUAGUGAAAUGGUAGUUGGAAGAUUUAACAAAGACAGUUGGUACCUAUCGAUGAUAGGAAACAUUGUUCUUGAUUUCUCUGUGAGAAAUUUAAUGCUGAGUUAUAAAGCAUGGACUUCUACUUUAUUUAAUAAAUCAUGUUUGCAUUGAUCAGUGAAAACUUUCCUUGGAGAUGUAUGUGAAAGUAAUUCCAUGUAAGUUUUGGAAAUUCAGGAGAGUUAACAGUUAUGUAGUAGAAUUAUACAGAGGAAAGGAGAUCUAUUUUUUAAAUACUGUGAUCUCAGGGGAUUAUCAAAAAUAGUUAUCUACUUAAUUUUUUAUUGUCAUAGGGCUUUUUUUCCUAACAUAAAGCUUCAACCUACUAAGUUAAAGGAUACGAUUUCUUAAAUAUUUUUACUUUUAGUAACUGUUCCUUAAGGUUUUUAUACAUUUCUGAAGUUUAAUUAAUACUUGCACAUUCUUAGGAACAUGAUUAGAGGAAAUUACUCAAUUUAUUUGUAAGGAAAUUAUUGUUUUCAAUUCCUAGUCUGAAAUAGAUUUGAAUUCGAAUUUUCUAAAAUGCAAUGCAUUUUCGAAACUUUCCACCAUUUUUAAGGAAAAUGCUAAUUUAAGAAGUUUCAUUUAGAAAAAAGUGGGUUGGCUAUAUAAGUAAUGUAGCAUCAUUAACAUUGAGAACUGUCAAAAGUUUUAGUUAUCAUUUGAUCCAGCUUUAUUGUAUAGAUGAAAAAUUAAUACUGUAUUCUGAAAGUCACAAGGCAAGUUAAAACUACUGGGAUUAGAAUAAUUUUUAAAAAAUAUAUUAUCAAUUUCAGAGAAGAAGGGAGAGGG